AUGGGUGGCAUCGCCUCCUCCACAACGUUCGAUAUCCCCAAGGAGUGUAUCGGAGGCGUCGUUGUAAACGAAGGCCCAGAUUUCCGAAUCGAGGUCAAGAAUAUACCUGUCCCUGGAAUAAAAUCUGAUGAGGUCCUAAUACGAAUGAACUGCACGGGAUUGUGCAUGUCAGACGUGCAUUACAUGCUCAACGACUGGUCAAUGCCCCCUAUGAGUCAAUUCGGGACGCAAUGUGCCGGGCACGAAGGCGCAGGUGUGAUUGUCAAAGUUGGGGACCGAGUCAAGAAUCUGAAAGUUGGCCAACGUGCCGGUGUCAAACCAAUCGCGGAUAUUUGUCAUACCUGUGCCGAGUGUAAGUCUGGUCGAGAGAUGUAUUGCCAAAAUACAACUCUUGCUGGACUACAGGUUGAUGGGUCCUACAAGCAAUACAUAAAGUCGCCUGAGCGGUACACGGCGCUGAUCCCUGAUGGGAUCAGUGAUUACCUAGCUGGCCCAGUCAUGUGCUCCGCGUCGACGAUCUACUCUUCCCUGAAGGAAUCUGGCAUCCGAGCUGGGAACUGGGCCUGCUUUCCAGGGGGUGGCGGUGGUGUUGGCAUUCAAGGGGUCCAGCUAGCCACGGCAAUGGGCAUAAGAACUAUUGUGGUGGACACAGGAGCUGAAAGGGAAGAACUGGCCAAGAAGAUGGGCGCUGAGGCUUUUGUAGACUUCAAGGAGGUGGAGAACGCGGCUGCGAAAGUGGUAGAGAUCACUGAGGGAGGUGCACACGCGGUUUUCGUGACUGCGAUCCAGUCAUAUCCCAUUUCGGUCGACUAUCUCGGUUCCAGGGCUGGAGGUGUUGUCAUGUGUAUUGGACUUCCACCAAAAGGCAAAUUUCAUAUCGACCUUGAUCCAUCGAAGUUAGUCUUCCGCAAUCAGUCAGUUAAAGGCACGCUAGUCAGUAGUCUGGCCGACAUUGACGCAACGCUGGAAUUUGCAAAACGGGGUAAACUUCGCUUGGAACCCACCAUUGUGGGUAUCUCCAAGUUCAACGAAUCAGUUCAAAAGCUGAAAAACGGACAAGUCGUUGGGCGCAUCGUGGUUGACUUUAAUUUACCAUAA